CAUUUAUGAAUCUUACACCUUAUCACCAUUCACCUAUGUGCAUGUACUCUUAAUUAAUACAGAAAGUAUAUUGUUGGGAAAUAAAAAAAAUAUGAAAUAUUUGUUGGGAAAUGUAUUUGUUUCAAAAGUGAAUAAUAAUGAUAAUAAAAUUAUGAAAGUGGUAGUAGUGAUGAUGAUUGUGUACAUUAAUAUUAAUGGUGGCAAUGCCAUAAACGUGGGAGGAAAAGAGAUAAAGGUACCAGCUUUGUUAGUAUUUGGGGAUUCAAUUGUGGAUCCUGGAAAUAAUAACUACGUAGAUACAAUUGGUAGAGCCAAUUUCCCACCCUAUGGCAGAGAUUUCCCUCAUGGUUUACCAACUGGAAGGUAUAGCAAUGGCAAAGUUCCCUCUGAUUUCUUUGCUGAAGAGCUAGGGAUAAAAGAGUUAGUGCCGCCAUAUUUGGAUCCAAACCUGGAAAUAAGCGACCUUCUCACCGGUGUUAGUUUUGCGUCUGGUGCUGCUGGUUAUAAUCCUAAAUCAGCCAAAUUAGCGAAUGUUCUGUCUUUGGACGAUCAAUUGGAUUUGUUCGAAGAGUAUAUCCAAAAGCUGAAGGACAGUGUUGGAGAAAACAGGACAUCAAUAAUAGUUUCAGAAAGCAUAUACUUAGUUUGUGCAGGAAGCAAUGACAUAACUAAUAUAUACUUCACAUUACCCUUAACUAGACUUGAAUACGAUAUCAAUACUUAUACUUCUCUUAUGGUUGAUUGGGGUUCCUCAUUCCUUCAGAGAUUAUAUGGUCUCGGGGCAAGAAGGAUAGGCGUGAUAAGCGCACCCCCAUGUGGAUGUCUUCCGUCACAAAGAUUGUUACACACCGGUCUGUCAAGAUCUUGUGCUCAAAACGAAAAUCAAGCUGCCAUUCUCUUCAACGAAAAACUCUCUACCGAGCUAAAUUACCUUAAUCAACAUCUUCCCCAAUCCAGAUUCGUGUACCUUGACAUCUACAACAUAAUACUUCAACUCGUAAUCAACCCUUCUCAAUAUGGGUUUGAAGUAGUGGACAGAGGAUGUUGUGGAACAGGGAACUUAGAAGUGUCAUUCUUAUGCAACAAGUUGGAUCCUGGGACAUGCAAAGAUGCAUCUAAGUACCUUUUCUGGGAUAGUUUUCACCCUACUCAGGCAGCUUAUCAGCUCAUAGUCCAUCAGGUUCUUCAAAAAAGCUUGCCCCACUUCUUCUAGCUAAGGCCUUGGCCCUAGCCUCAACAAAUUAAAUCAAUACUGUAUAUGAUUUGGAAUUACUCACAAUCAUGAAUACAAAUUCUAUUAAUUAUUGUGAUCAUACUUUUCCUAUUUCAGAAUAUUGUCAUCUCUACUAGGGCUGAACACGGUCCGGUCUGGUCCGGUUUGACAGAAUAAUCAGACUAGACCAGAAAUUCCGAUCUGAAAAUUUUUCAGACCAGACCAGACCAGUCAAGAGACCAGACCGGACCAGACCAGACCGUUCUAGAACGGUCUGGUCUACGGUUUUUUUUUAAUUUUUUUUUUAUUUUUAUUGAGUGAGAUUCUUCAUUCUUUGAAUAAAAAGGAUUUAUUUCUUCUUCUCUUCUCUCUUUACUAUCCUGUUCUUGUUUGUGUUUCGAUUAGCAAGGCAAAAUUCAUCACUGCUCGUGG